AUGCUGGGACCGCACUUCAAGAACGCAGUGUUGGAGCUGAACGCUAGUGACGACAGAGGUGUGGACGUUGUGCGCGAAACGAUCAAGAACUUCGCGAAGAAGUCGGUCGUGCUCCCUGAUAACAAACACAAGAUCAUCAUCCUCGAUGAAGUGGAUUCCAUGACGGAGGCGGCACAGCAGAUACUCAAGCGAAUGGUCGAUAUUUGUAAGAUGGAACAGGUCCAGUUCACCCAGGAUGGCAUGGAGGCGCUGCUGUUCACCGCCGAUGGUGACAUGCGUCGCGCGGUGAACAACCUGCAGAACGUGUCAUCUGGGUUUGAUUUAGUGACAAAAGAGAACGUUUUUAAGGUCUGUGACGUUCCGUCUCCCGACCUGAUCCGGAAGAUGCUCCAGGAUUGUUUGAAUGGACAGUGGCGUCCGGCACACGAGAAAGCGUCAGAGCUGCUGGCGCUCGGCCAUUCUCCGCUGGAUAUCGUCGUGACAAUCCGCAGCGUCAUCAAGGCGUUCAAAGCACCGGAACAUGUGCUUUUGGAGUUCAUAAAGACUGUCGCACUGACUCACAUGACCAUGGUCGGCGGUCUUUGCAGCCAGCUGCAGCUAGACAAGUUGCUAGCCACGCUCUGCAAGGUGUCCCUGGUUAUGCGCAAAGGCUAG